UCAUCCCAACUUCACUUUGCUCCCUUUCUGUUGCAUUCAAUACUGUUCAAAGAUCUUUUAGUUUUUGAUAACAUAAAUUCUGUGUUCGUGAAACAUCCUCCUUUCUGUUUUCCAAUAAAAAACAUGAUGAGAACUAGAGCUAUUUGCUUCUUAUUAUUGGUGUUUAUAACAAAAUCCUUUUCACUAGACAUGAUUACACCAAGUCAAUCCAUGAAAGAUGGUGAUACUUUGGUUUCAGCUGGUGGAACUUUUGAACUUGGAUUCUUCAGGCCCGGAGACUCAAGUGGUCGAUACCUGGGAAUAUGGUACAAGCAAUCUCCUUCAACACUGACAUGGGUUGCCAACCGGAACAAACGAAUCAACAGCAACUCAUCAGUGUUGGAAAUCAACAACCAAGGAGUUCUUGUACUGCACAAUGGCUCAAACAAGACAUUCUGGUCCUCCAAAGUGUCGAAAGCAGCAGAGAAUCCGGUUGCACAGCUCUUGGACUCAGGAAAUCUUGUUGUGAGAGAUGGAAAUGGUGGUAAAAUGGAGAAUCUCUUAUGGCAAAGUUUUGAUUAUCCUUGUGAUACUUUGUUGCCAGGAAUGAAACUUGGAUGGAAUCUAGAGACAGGACUAAAUAGGUUCCUAACUUGUUGGAAAAGUACAGACGAUCCUGAUUCCGGAGACUACUCGUUUAAAAUAGAUCUUAGAGGUUAUCCACAAGCAGUUCAAUUGAAGGGAGAUUCUAUAAUGAGCAGGGCAGGUUCAUGGAAUGGACUUAGCUUCACAGCACUUCCAUAUCAUAAGCAAAGUCCAGUAUUUAAAUCUGAGUUUGUUUUGAAUGAAAAGGAAAUAUUCUAUGAGUUCCAAGUCCUUGACAAUUCUACUUUUUUUAGAUACAUCAUGACAUCUUCGGGGAAUCGGCAGCUUUUGCAUUGGACAAGUGAAACCAAUGUCUGGGAGACUCUCAUAACUAUACCAUCAGCUCGGUGCGACAAUUAUGCAUUGUGUGGCGAGAAUUCUGUUUGCAAUUCAGUGAAGACUCCAGAUUGUGCUUGCCUGGAAGGAUUUGCACCAAAGGUUCAAAGAGAGUGGGAUAUGUCAUAUUGGUCUAAUGGUUGUGUUAGGAUCACUCCAUUAAGUUGUAGCAAAGAUGGGUUCAUGAAGUACACGGGGAUUAUUCUUCCUGACACGUCUUCAUCUAGGUAUAAUAAGACCAUUGACCUUCAAGAAUGUGAGAGUUUAUGUCUGCAAAACUGUUCCUGUACAGCAUAUGCAAAUUUGGAUAAGCGCGACGGAGGAAGUGGCUGCUUACUUUGGUUCGGUGAUCUGAUUGAUAUGAGACAAUCAUAUGAAGGUGGCCAAGAUAUUUAUAUUCGAGUUCCUUCUUCGGAGCUAGAACAUAACAAGAAGAUUUACAAAAAGAAGCUUGUAGGCAUCAUUACUGGCUCUGCUGUAUUCAUGAUAUGCUUAAUACUUGGACUUGCCAUAUGUUUAUGGAAAAAUAAAUUUGAGAAGCCAGCAGGGAUGUCGAAAGUGGGUUUCUGGAAAGAAUUAUUAUGCAGAAGGGUGGAGGAGGACAGUGAUAUUCCAACAUUUGAUUUAUCAACCAUAUUUUAUGCCACAAAUUGCUUUUCUAGCUACAACAAAUUAGGAGCAGGUGGCUUCGGACUUGUGUACAAGGGUGUGCUUGCUGAUGGCACUGAGAUCGCUGUCAAGAGGCUUUCGAAGAAUUCUGAGCAAGGACAGCAAGAGUUCAAAACUGAAGUGCAGUUAAUUGCUAAACUUCAGCAUCGCAAUCUUGUAAAGCUUCUCGGUUGUUGCAUUAAACAAAAAGAGAAACUCUUGAUUUACGAGUUCAUGCCAAACAGAAGUUUGGACCACUUUAUUUUUGAUGAUGGUAGAAGAAAAUUAUUAGAUUGGACUAAGCGCUUCCAAAUUAUUAGUGGGAUAGCUCGAGGCCUACUUUAUCUACAUCAUGACUCAAGGCUAAGAAUCAUCCACAGAGAUCUUAAAACAAGUAACAUUCUUCUUGACAAUGAUAUGAAUCCAAAAAUAUCAGACUUUGGUCUCGCAAGGACAUUUGGUGGAGAUCAAACCGAGGCCUGUACAAGGAGAGUGAUGGGAACUCAUGGUUAUAUCUCUCCUGAGUACGCAAUGCAUGGCUCUUUCUCGAUGAAAUCUGAUGUGUUUAGCUUUGGCGUAAUUAUGCUUGAGGUCGUUAGUGGGAUGAAGAACAAGGAACUCUCUAUCCCGCACCAAUUUGUUAACCUUCUUGGACAUGCAUGGGAAUUGUGGACUAAGGAGAGGGCUAUGGAGCUUGUAGAUAAAUCGCUUGGUGAUUCAGUUGUUGAAGCUCAAGUAUUGAGAUGCAUUCACAUAGGGCUUUUGUGUGUGCAAGAGAGACCAGAACACAGGCCUAACAUGUCAUCAGUAAUCCAUAUGCUCAAUGAUGAUAAGCCGCUUGCUCGGCCAAAGCAGCCAGCAUUUUAUCCUCACCAAGAAAGUAAUUCUUCAACUAAAACUAGUGAAAUGUGUUCAAAUAAUGAUAUUUCCAUCACACUGUUGGAGGCCAGAUAGUCUUUUUAGUCUCAAUGCAAAUUAGCUCUGUAAGUAACUUGUUUCAUGAAGUUCUUGCUCGAAAAUUCAUUUGUCUAUGUGUGUAUGGCGUUAUUAACAAUGUGGUUCAUGAUGGCAUUAGCAUCAUUCAUUUUUCAAAUAGAUAUAAUUGGAGCCAUGUUGAUCAGCAAAGUCUUAUUAUCUCAAUUCUGAAUAGUGCAUUUCUGUCCUGAAAUUCUAAUAGCCAUGGCAUCAUGAGAUGUAAACAGUUUGGUAAAUUCAUGCUUUUUCAAACAACAUGCUUCUAAAGAAUUUUGAGGAGAAAGUAUUUCCCUUAUAUUAAAAUCACAAACAAAUAGAAGAGGAAAUGGUAGCAAGCAACACUAAACAUUUCUUAUGCCACAGUUUUUAGUAUCUGAGACAUGUUUUUUUGCAAGCAGUUUUAAUAAAACCAGUUAGGGAGAGUAUAUAAUAAAGAGAAAUGUUCCAUAUACUUAUUUUGCCUCGUAUAUCGAACUAAACACACUCUUCCACCAUUAGAAUUUAGAAGCGUGUAAUGGCUCGGUGUACAAAUAACUCAGCUCUAUAUUGUAACUAUACCAAGACUGGAGAAGAUCCAAAAGCAGUUCUAAUGAAGUACAAUGCUUAUAAUGAAGGUUACAGCAGGUCCAUGGAAUUCUCUUAUUCUCAAAAAAACAUAAAAUGAUAUUUCCCUGAUAUUACUACUACUAACAUGGGAUAGUUGAAGAGUGAAAUGGAAAGACAAGUAAUUCUUCAUUGUGGGACCUAAGCGUAGAUUGUGCUACUUAAUUUAGAUAUGAGUAUGACUUCUAAACUGUGUUCUGAAUCGUAGUCAAUUUUUUUAGAAUAAUUCUCCAGGUACAAGCGUUUUUUUAUACAAGUCAUUUAUAUUAACGCGUUUCGAACCGUACUGCACGUUUUCACCGCACCUUCUUCUUCUUUUUGUUGCACGUUCUUCUUCCUCUUUCUCUUCUUUUUUUCUUUCGUUUCUUGCCUUCUC